UGUUAGCCUCUGAUAUGUGCUGUGCUGUGGUGUAGUUGUGUAGUGUGUUGGUUUGAAUGAAUUUGAUUGGAGUGGUGUGAGCGUGUGUCUUUUGAUUGUGUGUGUGCGAGUGUCUGCUCUGUUUUGUCAGGUGAAGGAUGAAGUCAGGUCGUUUAGGACACUUUCUGGGAGAAGAAAACCAACGAAAAUUCUAAAGACUAAUUGUAACCUUUACACUUUAUUAUAGUUUUUUGCUUCUUAUUUUUUGUAAAAAAAUAAAUAAAGAGAAUAUGUUGCCAAGUUCCGUACUUUAUAAACUUUGGACCUCCACACAAAUCAAGAAACCUGACUUCAUUCACUGCAGUGACAUGUUCAGAUGGUGCCUCUUCUGAACAGACUGACAGAACGUCUCUACAGGACAUCAGAGAGGAUCACUGACCUGCAGAGUCACAGGAGGGACAUGCAAAACAGAUAUUAAAUGAGUUAUCACAAAAGCUGAUACCGUUUGUUUCUGACUUUGCUGUUUUGUACAAAGUGAAACACACUGUUCCUGUUUCCAAACACUCUGACAAAUAGGGGACAAGUCAGCAAAUCAGACCAGGACUAAUACUUCUCAGUGAUGACCAGUGCUCAGCUACUGAAAGCUCCUCCAGAAGAGUCUGUGUUUGGUGCCCAGCCGUCCCUCAGGAUGGCGUCCACUGUGUCCACCGUUCCCCACGGCGUCCUCGGCCCCUCGCCGCCCCCUCCAGCUGUCUGUCCUCCUCUGGACUUUGCCAUGGGCGCUCUCGCCUGCUGCGGGGCCUGUGUGUUCACCAAUCCCCUGGAGGUUGUAAAGACCCGCCUGCAGCUUCAGGGUGAGCUGCGUGCACGGGGGUCCUACCAGAGACACUACCGCGGAGUCCUGCAGGCCCUCUGGGUGGUGGGCCGCACGGACGGGCUCCGGGGCCUGCAGAAGGGGCUCUCAGUCGGGCUGAUGUACCAGGGUGUGAUGAACGGGGUUAGAUUGGGCUCCUACUCCUACUGUGAAGCUCUGGGUAUCACCUCGGUCCACGGGGGGAGUCUGCUGGCGGGGGCCGGGGCGGGAGCGCUGGGGGCCUUUAUCGCCUCUCCUGCAUAUCUGGUGAAGACCCACCUGCAGGCUCAGACUGUGGAAGCCAUCGCAGUCGGCCACCAGCACAACCACCUGGGAGCGUCUGAUGCCUUUGUUACCAUCUAUCGAAGAGACGGUUUAAUUGGUCUCUGGAGGGGUGUGAACGGGGCCGUGCCUCGCGUCAUGGUGGGAUCAGCUGCUCAACUAGCAACCUUCACCUCGGCCAAGGACUGGGUGUCACAUUCCCAGUGGUUUGUUCCAAACAGCUGGCUCACUGCUCUGAUAGCCGCCAUGAUCAGUGGAGUGGCUGUGGCGAUCAGCAUGACGCCGUUUGAUGUCAUCAGCACGCGACUCUACAACCAGCCGGUGGAUGAGGCUCGUAGGGGGCGUCUCUACCACGGGUUUUCAGAUUGCAUGCUGAAGGUGUGCCAAUCCGAGGGCCUGCUGGGGUUGUAUAAAGGCAUGGGCCCUGUCUUUGUGCGCUUGGCCCCACAUACAGUGCUCAGCAUGCUGUUCUGGGAUCUGAUGAGGCAGCAGACAGUAAAGGACCGCCAGAGUCCAGGAAGAACCUAAAACAUCCCAAACGCCUGCAAAUGAUAGACUGGACUCAGUUACAAGUGUUGAAGUGGUCCAACGAAAGCACAGAAUUUGAAGUAAAUGUUCAACAUUUUGGUAACAGCGCUUAUUUGCUUUGUUGGAGGGAGUUAGAUGAGAAGAUUGAUACCAUUCUACUUCUGCUCCUGAGAUCUAAAGAUCCUAAAUAUAACACUAAGACACACAUACCAGAGGUGUUCUGUUGCUCCUCUUCUGUUUACAGUUGAUGAGCCUUGUGUUGAGUUUUGAGAAUUUUUCUCUUGAUAUUAACUAACAUUGUAAGAUAUUGGUAAGGGCUAUCUUUGCAGUUAAAAUUGCAAAAACGUGAAGGGAAAUAGACACUUGAAAUGCUGUUUGAAUGGUAAAAUUUAAAUGUCCUAAAGUCAAGAAAACUGUCUUAGUGCAAAUUUGAGGGCAUUGGUUUUAGAAGUAUCACAUCAGUGGGCUGUAGGAAGAGAUGGGCUGUUAACACAUUGACACAGAGGAAACACACUAAACAGAGAACAUGAAACACUUUGAGGUGUCUCUUUAAUUAAUAUUUAGAGGACAGCAAGCAGCUAGCCUGUCUCUGUCCAACUGUAAUUAAAUUCACCUACCAGCACCUCGAAAACUCAACAAUUAACACUUUAUAUCUGAAGGUUAAAAAUGUUAAUUUGGAAACCAGGCACAACACUCACCUCCAUAAACACUGAAUGUUUUGUUUUACACUUUUUUGGACAGAACCAAUCUGUUUCUCCCAAUUUCCAGUAUUUGUGCUAACCAUGUUAAACAGCUGUAGCUUCAUAUUCCCAGUACAGACAUCCGAGUUGUAUCAGUCUUCCCAUCUAACUCUCCUCCUCGACGGUAUUCGGCACUCUUCCUUUAAGUGAGACUCGCUCUGUCUAAAGCCGAGCAGAUGAAUGAGCAUUAAAGUACUUGAUAAAGAUGGACUAAAUGCUGCACAAACUAACUUGCAAAAUUUUUCAAAAUACAUGGAAUUGCUGUAUAACUAUCAGGUUUUGCCUUUAAUACCUCAAAUGAUGCAUUUACUGAAUAUCUGAAAUGAGAGAAGUGAGACCCUUGUGGGCUCGCAGGCAUAUCAAGAUAAAGAACAAGUCUGGAUUAUUAAAACAUAAGCUCUGUAUUCCAUGUUUAUAGCACAAUGUGGCUGCUGGGGUUCGCACACUGUUCACACAGUUUAAUACUUAAUUCUAGUUGCCUUGUCUGUUCUAUGAAGAGAAAACAUCUGUUGGGAAUGUGUUUAUCUACUGACAUUGAUUUGAAGUUCUCGUGUACAGAAACUUAACCUACGGGUACGUCAAGCCUUUGAACAGCAGUUGAUAAUAAUAAUGAAAAGGAAAAAAAAUAAAGACA